CCGCCUCUCGGCCCGGACCGCCCGGCGGGGAGGUGCCCAUGCGGUUCCGCGCCGCGCGGUGAGGGCGCGCGCGGGCGGGCGGGGGCGCAGCCGGCACCAUGUCCAUGCUGCCCACCUUCGGCUUCACGCAGGAGCAAGUGGCGUGCGUGUGCGAGGUGCUGCAGCAGGGCGGCAACAUCGAGCGGCUGGGCCGCUUCCUGUGGUCGCUGCCCGCCUGCGAGCACCUCCACAAGAAUGAAAGCGUGCUUAAAGCCAAGGCGGUGGUGGCCUUCCACCGCGGCAACUUCCGCGAGCUCUACAAGAUCCUGGAGAGCCACCAGUUCUCGCCGCACAACCACGCCAAGCUGCAGCAGCUGUGGCUCAAGGCGCACUACAUCGAGGCGGAGAAGCUGCGCGGUCGGCCGCUGGGCGCGGUGGGCAAGUACCGCGUGCGCCGCAAGUUUCCGCUGCCGCGCUCCAUCUGGGACGGCGAGGAGACCAGCUAUUGCUUCAAGGAAAAGAGUCGCAGCGUGCUGCGCGAGUGGUACGCGCACAACCCCUACCCCUCACCCCGAGAGAAGCGCGAGCUGGCGGAGGCCACGGGCCUCACCACCACGCAGGUCAGCAACUGGUUCAAGAACCGGCGGCAGCGCGACCGGGCAGCCGAGGCCAAGGAAAGGUACGAGGAGAACAGCGAGAACUCCAACUCCAACAGCCACAACCCGCUGGCUGCGUCGCUGAACGGCAGCGGCAAGUCGGUGCUAGGCAGCUCGGAGGACGAGAAGACGCCGUCGGGGACGCCAGAUCACUCGUCGUCCAGCCCCGCGCUGCUGCUCAGCCCGCCGCCGCCGCCCGGGCUGCCGUCCCUGCACAGCCUGGGCCACCCUCCCGGCCCCAGCGCCGUGCCGGUGCCCGUGCCCGGCGGAGGCGGCGCGGACCCACUGCAGCACCACCACGGCCUGCAGGACUCCAUCCUCAACCCCAUGUCGGCCAACCUCGUGGACCUGGGCUCCUAGAGCCCCGCCUGCCUCGACGCGCUUGUCUCCUGGGCUAGGCGCUGGGGACCUGAGAGGGACCGCGUCCGGAGGGCGCCCCGCGCCGGCGGCCCCAUCAGGUACUGAAAGACCCGCGCGCAGAGCGGGCAGAACUGCCGGCCCCCGGCAGAGCAGAUGGCUCUCUGGUUUGGUCUUUGUGCGGGAUUUAUGUUCAACAAGUUGCUUUGGAGAGCCUUUGGAGGCCUGGGACCGGGGCUUGAACCAGGGAAGGGAAUAAAUUAUACAUCAUUCUUCUA